AUGACGGGCCGAAGGGCGUCCUCCGUCACCGCACAGAUCUCUCGACAGGCCAGGUACCUUAUUUCAUUCAAUAAUGGACCUAAUUAUAGAAAUUAGGGGAGUUCAAAGCGAGGAAGAAUGACAAAAUAGGACAAAAAAAUUUUCGAAACGACAUUUCAUGAGAAAAAAUGCAGAGAAUACAAUUUAGGCAAGAAGAAAAAACAAAGAAAUUCAAUUUUUAGAGUCCUAAAUAAAUUUUAAGCUUGGAAAAUCAAUAAAAAAGGAAACCUAACAAUACUGAUUUUUUUAUUAUAUUUUUUUGAAUAAUCUCCAAUUCGUUGAUCAAGUUCAAGUGAUCACUUAAGAAUUUUAAGCUUUAAGUAGUCCUAAAGAAACAGAUUAAUCGCUUAAAAUUGCUGAAAAGGGAAAAAUAAGUUUAAUCUUUUUCCCAUUUUUCCAUUUUUCGGAGAUUAAAUUAAGCCAAUUAAAGAUAACAACAAGAAAAUUUUAGAAAAAAAUUUAAAAAGCUUUCAAGGGCUCUUAAGUGAUCCCUUGGCGCGUUACAACUAUUUUUUUGAAAUGGUCCCUUAAGUGAUCACUUGAAAAUUGCCAAUCGAUAAAUAUUUAUAAAAAAAUAAAUCCGUUUUUUUCACGUGAAACUAGACAUUUUUAAUAAAAAAGCUGAAAAAAAAACUUUCUCCAGAAAAAGCCGAACGUCAAGAAAAGGCGUUCGCCCUAUUUUUUUAAUUAAUUCUUUUUCUAACCGGAAAAUUCUUGAGCUGACGCCACUCAAUUUCCCUUCAAAUGGAGUAUUAGAAGGAGCGGGAAAGAAAAAAAAAACUUCUUAGCGAAAAUAAAUGGAAGGAGAAUUUCCCGCCUCUUCACCAAAUUGAGCGGUGAAUGUGUUUGAUGGCACUUGAAGUGAGGAGGAAAUAACAGAGCCGUCGGGAUUUUCAGGCGAUUUUCGACGGCAAUCGCGCCCCAGCUGACUAAAAUCGAGCCGGUCGCCGUGCUGCAGAAGCUCGAACAAGUACAGAUCAAGAUCAGUGACAUGGCUCAGGUUGGUGGGCAAAAAUGGCAAAAACAAGGGGAAGGAUUGAACCUACGACCCUUUUGACAAGAGACAAGAGCUCUGCCGAUUGAACCACAUUUGGCAGAGAUUUUGUCUCUUACCAAAAGGGUCAUAGGUUCAAUCCCUCCCCUUGUUUUUGCCAUUUUCGCCCACUGUAAAAACUUCAAUCUUUUUUCAAAGUUAAAUGAAGAAUGUGUAAAGCCCAAGGUCAGUAAUAUGACUCAGGUUGACUCGAAAAAAAAUGGAAAAAAAAUGAAAAAAAUGGAGAGAGAUUGAACCUAGAAUCUUUUUGACAAGGCAUAAGAGAUCUGCCAAUUGAACUAAAUCAAUAAAAAACCUUCAAUCUUCUUUCAACGUUAAAUUGAGAGUAUAUUAAGGUUCAAUUCGGUGACAUGGCUCAGGUUGGUGGGCGAUAAUGGCAAAAAAUGGGGAAGGGAUUGAACCUGUGACCCUUCUGACAAGAGACAGGAGCUCUGAUGAUUGAACCAAAUUAUGAAAAACGUUCAACUUUUUUUCAAAGUAAAUAAAGAAUAUGAUAAUUUCAAGAUCAGUGACAUGGCUCAGGUUGGUGGGCGAAAAUGGCAAAAACAAGGGGAGGGAUUGAACCUACAACCCUUUUGACAAGAGACAAGAGCUCUACCGAUUGAACCAAAUUAUGGAAAACGUUCAAUCUUUUUUGAAAUUUAGAUAAAGAACAUGUUAAGCACAAGGUCAGUAAUAUGACUUAGGUUAGCUGGAAAUAAUGGCAAAAAAAUAAAGAAAUAGAGAGGGAUUGAACCUAUGACCCUUUUGACAAGAGACAAGAGCUCUACCAUUUGAACCAAACCAAUAAAAACCUUUCAAUCUUUUUUCAAAGUUGAAUUAAGAACAUGUUAAGCUCAAGAUCAGUGAUAUGGCUCAGGUUAGCUGGUGAAAAUGGCAAAAAAUGGCAAAAAAUGCUAAGGGAUUGAACCUGGGACUUCUGGAGCGUCAGACAAGAGCUCUACCGGCUGAGCUGUCUAGAAAAAUAUCCAAUAUUUUUUAUUUGAAAGGAAUAAACACUUUAAAAAUCAAAAAACUACAAAAUUUAGAUCCAAGGCUUUGCACACAAGUAAAAAACUUGAGCUAAUCUUUAAAUCUGUCAAAAUCAAAUGGGGAUCGAUCCAGCGACCCUCCGAGUAACAAACUAACUCCUAAGCAACUGACCUACAGCUCAAGUUUCAAUAUCGACCACACAAAAUGCUGAAAAUCAUAGGAAAUGCCGCAAAAUGACAGCCUGGAGGCCAGUUUUUGACGUUUCUUGCGCAAUUUUUUUCUUCAAAUCGAAAAUUUUCAGGUUUUUUCUUACUAAUGAAAUAUGUAUGACAUUGUUAAAUAAGAAAUGGAAAUAGCAUUUUCUUAUCAAGUUCGAUUAUUUAUUUGCCUUUCCCAUGUUGACGCAUCGCAUUAUAACGCAUUAUCAGUUUGAACAUUUCAUCAAUUAAAGGCAUAGGGGCAGUAAAAAACGGGGUUUCAGGUGAAAGCAGUAUCUUAUACAGUUUUUCUUUGCGAAUCGAAUGGUGUACUCGAAAAAAUUACAAAUGUGACUACUUUUGAAGAAAAACGCGAUUUUACUUUCCCGCCUUUAAUUUUGAAAAAAGCUUUGGAUCGGUAUACAGACAAAUGUUUACAGUAGCCGUGCACGCGAUGUUGCGGACGUCUCAUUAGACUCGCAUUUUGGGAGAAAUAACCGGCUAUCUGCUUCGAAUUAAGGGUUCUUUCUCUGAAAAAACGAUUAAGAAAACAGGAAACACACACCGAUAAUAAGGAAAACACAAAUAAUCGCUAUCCCAAUCGAAACCUGUGUGAAAUCAUCAUUUUUCACCAGAAAAGCUUUUUUGCAAUCAAAGUUUGCAAAUUAUACAUGAAUAGAAAGCUUUUGUGACGAAAAGAACUUUGGUGACAACAGAAAAAAUUGAAAAUUGAAAGAAACGAAGAAAAAAGCGAAAAUCCGGAAGUUGGCGAAGCCUGUUGUCCAUAGAGCAACUUUACUGCAAAGCGCCCUUUUCGCGGGAACUCAAACUUUCCUCUCUCCGACUUUGAAUUAUUUUUUCUCCAAAACUAGGAACUUCUGUACGUUUCCAAAUUCACCGUUCGAUUCGCAAUGAAAAACUCUACAAAAUACUGCUUUGAACUGAAACACCGUUUUUUACUGCCCCUAUGCCUUUAAAAUGGCAAAAAACUUUUGAAACUUGAUGGGGAUCGAACCUAUGACCUUUUUAGCGGUAGGAAAACGUUAUAAAGGUGCUAGGAGAGGUUAGAAAAAUUGUGUACUUAUGAAUUAAAAAUAGCCUCUUUUUCAUAAGAUACAAGACUGAAAAGACAAACCGAGAUGUAACUUGGAUUUUAAAAAAUGGCAAAAACGCAAAAACCUCUAGGGGAUUCGAACUUGCGACUAUUGGAACUGUAAAAAAAAGGUGAUAAGGAAAGUUUUUAAAAGUUUUUGGAUUUUUUUAAAUAAUGAAAAAGUUAAGAUUUAUUGAAGCUCAAAACCAAAGAGAACACCGAAUUUCAACAAAUAAAAAAUGGCAAAAAUUGAAAACCUUGACCGGGAUCGAACCUGUGAGUCUUUUUUUGUGAUUUUCGCCUUUCUUGCUACUUCUCCAUAGCCUGAACUCGUUUAAAAACAGAAAAUUAGGAAGUAAGGAUUUCAAUACUAUUUUUUACGAUCCUCAAAACAUCUUGAAUAAGAUCAAAACUACAAAACUCCCGCGACAGGAAUUGAACCAACGACCUCUCAAUCCUCAUAUUAUCUUCCUAGCCCCUUGACCAACCCAACAAUUUCAGCUGCAACGGGCCGUUGAACAGUACGUGAUGAGGAACUCGGUUCAAUUCGAACCCGUCGAAUUCGACAUUUUCGACAAAGAAGGCUAUCGCAUUAUGCAAGGUGAGGAUUUGAUCCAGGGGCCUUUUUCGCAUAAAUCAGGCUUUUUAGCCACUUUACCAAGGUCUCAAAAACCUAAAAGUGCAUGAGAAUAUAGAGAGAAGUGCGGGAAAUGUGAAAAAUAGAGUAUCGUUGCAGUUUUGUUGUCCAAAAAUCCAAUUACAGCGCAUUUUGGGGGCAAAAAAGGGAUACUUUCAUCCGAAAAUGCACUUUUUACGACUUGUUUUCAAGAAGAAUUAUGUUUCAAAGGUGUAUUUUGCCGUUAUUGCUCAUAUUAGGGCUUUCAAACUUCCCUUUGUGAUACAUGAGAUGCAAAAAAGUGUUCAAAUUCAAAAUUUAUGUGAGAAAAGUCGAUUUUUUUCAAAAUAUCCCUUCUUGAACACUAUUUUUAUUGAUUUUUUUAUAAAUUUGAGAAAAAUUUUGUUCAUUUUUUUGGAUGAAUUAAUACUUUCUAGAGCUGAAAUUGCUUCCUUUUUUUCAACUUUAGAACGAAAAAAACAGUUUUUUUACUUCGAAAUUUAAAUUAGUUCACUUUUUUUCAACUCGUUUAUAUAACUCAAUGUGAGAUAUUAUGAAUAAUCGACGGCAUCUUAACAAGACCAACCAAUAAGAAAAAAAAGAAAAAAAAUUCCAAAAAAAGUGCUCAUAUUAACUAAUUCCAGCUUCUCUGUACCCGGAAGAAGUGAUUCUACAAGAGGGGUCACGGAAAAUCUGCGAAAUCUCACUGAUCGAUCCGGACGACGCGAGCUCCGUUUUGAAAAUCAAGCAUCCUGUCACAGGUGAUUAUUUUUUCUAUUUAACUGAAAUUAUCUAUAGAUUUUACUCCUGGUAAAAAGUCACAAAAAGUUACCCAUAUCACAAAAAAAAAACGCUAUUUUUGCUCCAAAAUUCGCCUCAGAAGUCCAAUUUCACGCCUAUUUUCUCAGAUCGCCUUAUAUUGCUCAUGUUACCUCAUGAUAUCUCCAUUUUUCUCAGGAAUGACAGUCUACGAACUACGAGAACUGGGCGGGACUAUCGUUAUCCAGACCAACACUGACGAGUUGAAAGGGUUGGCGUCUUAUUGCUCAUGUUACACAACGCAUUGCUCAUCUUAUAUCCUAAAUGAGAAAAAAAAACAACUAGAAAAAAAUCCAGAAAAGUUUUUCCUAGAAAAAAGUGCAAUUUUCGAAGAAUACACCAAUUUAAUGCAUACUAAAUGUCACGAAAUCACGCUUCAAUGCGUCUUUUUUGCAGUGAGCAAAAAUCUAUUGCUCAUUUUAGAGCUGAGAAGUCGUUUAAAAGCCAUAAAAGCAUUAUAUAAUGUUAUUUGUCAAUUUAAACGGACAAAAAAACUUUUUCAGAGCCCGAAUCAUGACUCAGACCAGCGGAUUCGCGGGUCUUAUGGUCGCUUGCGGGUGCGGAUUCUCGAAAGAACGUUGGACUGUACUGACUCAAGAUCGUCAGGUUGCCGUAGUGACGCCGGUCAAGUCAUUCUUCUCCGAGAAUGAAAUCAAGGUUGAUUUUUAAAGAAAUAAAAAACUUCAUAAACGCAAAAACUCGAGUUUUUCUCGAACUUUUUUCGAUUUACUGUAUCUCAAAAAUCUGCAGACAUCAAGCAGCUGUAGUUGGUGUGAACUUAAACCUUGAAAAAGCAUUGAAAGUCGAAAAGAAAGAAAAUCUGAGCCAUAGAUAGGGACCGCAAGCCAUUUCUUCAGAACGAUUCAAAAAAUAUGUUUUUCACAUUGUUCGAUAGAGGAGACUGUCCAUUUUCAUAAUCCGUUUAGUUUUUGAAAAAAGCUUCACUAAGAAAAAAGUUAUGGCCAAAAAACGAGCGCCCGCGGCGUACAACUGGAGGCAAAAUCUCACGGUUUACCCGCUGCCGCACGCUUUCUUUUUAAAUGUUUUUACGCGGUUCAGGACCGUUUUUAAAUCGGUUUUCUGCUCUGAGAGGUUGUCCGAACUGAGCCUCAUGUUUUGGUAUGAAUCUUUUGUACAAUCCUCAUAAGAAUUUUUUUGAUAAAAUAUCAAAAAAAACUACCUAGAAAAAAAGGUCAAAAGGAAUUUUUUUCAGCUUAUUUUUUUCUUUUUUUCUACGCAGAAAAAAAUUAUUAUCAUUCGAUUUGGAAAAAAAGAAAAAAAUGAAAAAAAUAAUGUUAUUUCGAAAUAAAACAGGAAAAAAAGUGCAAUUUGACUCCGAAAAAAACGGCUCCUGCGACAUUUAAAAGGGCGCAUCGGUGUGUUUGACGCAAACACUGCUACGGACGCUUGCACGAAAUCUUCCGAAAUUUCAAAAAAAUUGCCAUUUUUUACGAGGUUUUUCAAAGCCGUUAUUUUUUUCGCGUCGAUCGAUUUUUUUCAUAAUUUUUUUCAUUGAUAGAGUUUUGAACGCUUUAAUAACCUGAUCAAAAAUGUAGACGCGAUCCUAUUCUCUCAUGCGUCAACGAGGCAGGCGAAAAAAGGAGGUUUUGGUAAAACUCAAAUAUAACUUGAUUCGCUGUCCCAAUAAUUAUUUUCAUUUUGAAUUUUUUUAUUUUUUUGGACACACUGUUAGUUUUUAAAUCAAAUAAAAAAAGUAUACCAUGUCGCUGAAAUUUUUUUCGCAUUUCAGCUUCAAAGUUUGGUGUCACUUUACAAGCUUUCAAUAUUUUUUUCGCGUCGGUAGAUUUUUUUCAUUUUCACUCAAAAAAAUAAAGAAAGUGUUAAUGUAUAACAUACUUAAAAAUUUAGAAGCGUUCCUCACUUGGUUUUUCUGAAACGCGACGAUUUUUGUGAAACUUGUCAGUUUUUUUCGUGUUAAAUCUUACUUUUUUUCGCUUAUUUUUUUGAAAAAAAUACAUAGUUUAAAAAAAAUAUUCAGUCCUGUAGAGCGUUGUCGAUUACAUAGAUUAACAGAAACAGUUCAUUUUUAAAGUGGGACUUUAGCUAGUAUAAACGCCUCAAAACCGUUUUUGCAACAAAAAAAUCGUCAUUUUGGUGGCGUGAAGGGGCGGGGCUUUGCGCCCCCUAGCCAUAGAUCAAUAAUUUGUCAAUUUUGGGUUACUGUAUCGCAAAAGUCCGCAGACACCGAGAGACGUUUUUCCUUUGUGCAUUUACGAAAUUUUUUACUUUUUUCUUUCUCGAGGCGGUCAUUUGCUUCAAAAAUGAUAAUACUGACUUGAAAAUUUUAUUUCUUCCUUAAAAUAAACCCUUUUCAAUGCCCCUAGCACCGUUUGAAUUAGAAAUUGUGAUAUUUCGAUAAAAAAUCAUGAAGUUCGGCAAUUUCCAGGCAGAAUGGAUCGCGGCGUGCGAUAACGAAGUCCGCUUGAUCUCAGUGGCUUACGGUUUGAGCCAAAUGAUCCGUGAAGCGUUCCCUUCACUUCUCCACAUCGUCAAGGAGCACAGCACCCGCAGAGCCAUUUUUUGA